CUUGACCACCAGCCGUUUUGAGCAUGUUACGAACGAACACUCAAACUAUCAACAUGCAGCAAGGAAUUCUCAUUGUCGCAGUGCUGCUGGCCUGCCUGGCGGCCAGCUGCAGCUCCACUGCCCCUCCCAUGUCCACGAUGAACGGCCACUCACGGAUGCUGCAGCUGAUGAGCUCCACCUCGCAGCAGCAGAAGGACAACCCGACCCGUUCCAUUGGCUGUUUCCAGUACUACGGCGAGCAGUUCGACAAACAUCUGAAGCAGUACGAGUACGAGUACGGCCGGUGCCAGCAGCAGGCCAGCGAGCAGAACGCCGACCUGUCUGAGAAGUACAAUUAUAUUGUCUACAGAAUAGGCAACGAAACGCUCGACAACUGCAAGGCUCUUACGGCCUGCACUUACCAAGCGAACGCUCUCGAUUCCCUCAACUGCUACUCCGCACAGGGCUCUGAGGCUUCGAGGAAUUCGUACAACCUUUCCUCCACCGCUUCGCAGUACUCUGCUGACCUCACGCGGGCUCAGCAGCAGGUGACGUUCAGUGAGCAGGAAUGCUCGAACAGCUCAACGCGUCGCUACGAGGCCAGGGUCGAUCAGAGCUACAUCGAUCUGCAGAGCUGCCUGUCGGGUGCUAUCCCAGUGCCAGAACCAAGCACAACCCAAGUUCCGACAACAACUACAGCCCAAGUUCCGACAACCGGCGCUCCAACCACAGCCACAACACUGGAGUCAACUCCGGACGAUACUUUUGUGAGUACUUGGAGCGACAGUGUGCCACCAUCUAGCACCGGCAAGAAGCAUGGAUUGGCAUCGAAAAUCGGCGGACUUAUCCAUCAUAUUGUCUAGGUUGUAAAUAAACGAAAGAAAUGCAUUUGAAAACCA